UUGUCAACCACAGUUGAGCUUAAUAUUUAGAAUGCCUCUCUUUCUUUAUAUAUUACUGCUUUUCCAUCAGCUUCCUACCAAGGCUGGAAACACUCUUUGCAGAAUGAUGGGAUACCCUAAGCACCCACUGCUUUCCAAGGAUGGAGAAAUAAUGAUUGGAGCACUUUUUGCAAUACGCAGUAAAGAAACAUUACCUCCAUUUGAUUUUGCACAAAAACCUCAGCUUCUAUCAUGCUCCAGUGUGAAUUUAAGAGAUUUUCGUAUGGCUCAAAUUAUGAUUUUUGCUAUUGAAGAAAUUAACAGAAGUGAAAGCUUGCUUCCAAAUAUUUCUAUUGGAUACCGGAUCUAUGAUACCUGUGGUUCAAGACAGUCUGCUAUGAGUGCAACUAUGGGAUUGAUGAAUGGUCAGGAGCUUGCAGCAGAAUACAAAUGCAAUGGACAAUCUCCUAUACAUGCUAUUAUAGGAGAAACAGAGUCUUCUGCUACAGUAAUUCUGUCCAGAACUACAGGACCAUUUAAAAUUCCAGUGAUUAGUCACUCAGCUUCAUGUGAAUGUCUCAGUAAUAGAAAAAAAUACCCUUCAUUCUUCAGGACAAUUGCUAGUGAUUACCACCAAGGCAGGGCACUUGCAUACAUAGUCAAGCACUUAGGCUGGUCUUGGGUGGGAGCUGUGAACAGUGACAAUGACUAUGGAAACAAUGUCAUGUCCAUAUUUCUCAAUACAGCUCAGAAGGAGGAGAUUUGUGUGGAGUACUCAGUGAAAUUCUACAGAACUGAGCCAGAAAAACUUAAAAAAGUGGUAGAGACAAUUAAAAAAAGCACAGCAAAAGUGAUUGUUGCAUUUGUUUCACUCAUUGAGAUGGACUUACUUAUUGAGCAGCUUAAUAUUCAGAAUAUUACAGGCUUCCAACUGAUCGGAGGGGAGGGAUGGAUAACUGCAAAGAGCUUAAUCACUCCAAACAGCUUUCUUGUGUUAGGAGGGUCACUGGGGUUUGCAUUUAGAAAAAUCAAUAUUGAAGGGUUUUCAGAUUAUGUUAUUAAAUCAUUUUGGGAAACAGCUCUUCCAUGCUCAAAAACAGAGGGGAAUUCCUCACAACACGCAUUAAUCUGCAGCAGUUAUCAAGAUCUACUUACAUUAAAAAACUACAAUGAAGAUGUGCCUGAACAAAGAUAUGCAAGUAAUGUCUACAAAGCAGUUUAUGCUGUGGCUCAUUCUUUACACAGUCUGUUGAAUUGCAAAGAGCAAACAGGUUGUGAGAAAAGCCUGACAAUACAACCAAAACAUGUGGUUGAAGCUUUGAAAAAAGUAAAUUUCACCGUCAAGUUUGGAGAUCAUGUGUGGUUUGACAGCACUGGUGGUGCAGUAGCACACUAUGAAGUUGUAAACUGGCAGCAGGACUCAAAUAGAUCACUCCAAUUCAAACCAGUGGGUUACUUUGACACCUCACUACCACCUGAUCAAAGCUUUAUGCUUAAAACUGAAAACGUUAUUUGGGCUGGAGGACAGCUGGAGAAGCCAAGAUCUGUGUGCAGUGAGAGCUGUCCUCCAGGCACUAGGAAAGCUGCACAGAAAGGAAGACCUGUCUGCUGUUAUGACUGUAUUCCAUGUGCAGAAGGAGAAAUCAGUAAUGAGACAGAUUCAAUUAACUGCAAGCAGUGUCCAGGUGAAUACUGGCCUAAUGCUGAGAAAAAUAAAUGUGUUUUAAAGGCUGUAGAGUUUCUGUCAUUCACAGAAAUUAUGGGUAUAGUGCUAGUUUUUUUCUCACUGUUUGGAGUAGGAUUAACUGUACUAGUGGCUAUCCUGUUUUACAGUAAGAAGAACACCCCCAUAGUAAAAGCCAACAACUCAGAGCUGAGCUUCUUGCUUCUCUUCUCACUGUCUCUUUGUUUCCUCUGUUCUCUUACUUUCAUUGGUCGGCCCACUGAGUGGUCCUGUAUGUUGCGUCACACAGCAUUUGGGAUUACUUUUGUUCUCUGUAUCUCCUGUAUUCUGGGUAAAACAAUGGUGGUGUUAAUGGCCUUCAAGGCUACACUUCCAGGAAGUAAUGUCAUGAAAUGGUUUGGGCCUGCACAACAACGAUUCAGUGUUCUUGCUUUUACACUUAUACAGGUUCUUAUCUGUUUGCUUUGGCUAACAAUAUCACCCCCAUAUCCUCACAAAAAUAUGAAAUAUUAUAAGGAAAAGAUCAUUAUUGAGUGCAGUCUCGGUUCUACCUUGGGUUUCUGGGCUGUGCUGGGUUAUGUUGGCCUACUGGCUGUCUUGUGCUUCAUUUUGGCUUUCCUUGCUCGCACACUUCCUGAUAACUUCAAUGAAGCCAAAUUCAUCACAUUCAGCAUGCUGAUAUUCUGUGCUGUAUGGAUUACUUUUAUACCAGCUUAUGUCAGUUCUCCUGGAAAAUUUACUGUAGCUGUGGAGAUAUUUGCCAUUUUAGCCUCAAGUUUUGGUUUAUUAUUCUGCAUAUUUGCACCUAAAUGUUAUAUUAUUCUGUUAAAAUCUGACCAAAAUACAAAACAACAUGUAAUGGGAAAAACAACAUGUCAGUCUUAUUGA